AUGGCCAAGUCAAAGAACCAUACCAACCACAACCAGAACCGUAAGGCCCACCGUAACGGCAUCAAAAAGCCCAAGUCCAACCGGACGCGUUCGCUCAAGGGUGUUGACCCCAAGUUCCGCCGUAACUCUCUCCACGCUCUUGUUGGUUCGAGGAAAGCCCGUGAGGAGCAGAAGGCAUCAUCAUGA